AUGUCUACUCAGAAAACAAAGCAAUAUUCAUGGUCUGAAUUGGCCAAGCACAACACUGCUGAAGAUUGUUGGGUUGCCGUAGAUGGCAAAGUAUAUGAUGUUACCAAAUGGGUAAAUCAACAUCCAGGAGGAUCAGAUAUUAUUUUAUAUUCAUCAGGUAGAGAUGUAACCAAUUUGUUUGAAUCAUAUCAUCCAAUGUCUGACAAGCCAGCAGCCAUUCUUGAAAAGUAUCACAUUGGUACCGUGUCAUCGCUCGAGUUCCCCAAGUAUGUCGUCAAGAGCAAGUUUUAUGACACUCUCAAGGCACGUGUACGCAAGCACUUUAUCGACACUGCCCAAGACCCACAACAAUCGGUCGGUGUCGUCAACCGUAUCAUUUUGGCCUAUGUCAUUGUCAUUUCCGGUUACGUCUUGUCUCACUAUGUUUUCCAAAAUUUCUACCUCAACUUUUUAUUGGCCAUUGUAUUUGGUGUCUGUGAAGCCUUGUUUGCCAUGCAUUUGUUGCAUGACGCCUCUCAUUGUGCCGUCGGUCACAACCCAAAGGUCUGGAAGUGGUUGGGUGCCAGCUUUGACUUUGUCAUUGGUGGUUCCUUCUUUGCCUGGAUCCAUCAACACGUCCUCGGUCAUCACCUCUACACCAACGUCCGUGGUGCCGAUCCAGACGUUGGAGACGGUGAAAUCGACUUCCGUGUCAUCACUCCAUACCAACAACGUCUCUGGUAUCACAAGUAUCAACAUAUCUAUGCCCCUUUACUUUAUGGUUUAUAUCCAUUCAAAACUAGAAUUCAAGAUUCAGAAUCAUUUAUUAAAAAGAUUAAUGGUAGAAUUAGAGUUUCAGCACCAUCAACAUUUGAUCUUGUAGCUUAUAUUGUUGGAAAGAUUUCAUUUAUCUUUUUCCGUUUCAUUUUGCCACUCCAAUACAUUCCAUACGCCAACUUGAUUCCAUGUUUUAUUAUUGCCGAGCUUACCUUUGGUUGGUACUUGACCAUCAACUUCCAAGUCAGUCAUGUUGCCGAGGACCUCAAGUUCUUUGCCACUGAAAGCCGUCCCAACGAGCCAACCAACGUCGACGAAGACUGGGCCAUCUCUCAAGUAAAGACCACCCAAGACUAUGCCAACGGAAGCCUUUUGGCCAACUAUUUCUCUGGUGCUUUGAACCACCAAGUUGUCCACCAUCUCUUCCCAUCCAUCCAACAAGAGUUCCUUCCACAAAUCGUCCCAAUCCUCAAGCAAGUCUGCUCAGAGUACAACCUCAAAUACAACCAUUACGAUACUUUUACCGAAGCCAUUGGCUCGCACAUUAAAUACCUUUACAAGAUGGGUAAUGAUCCAGAUUAUGUUCAAAUCCCAGUUGGAAAUGUAUAA